UUUAUAUGGUUUUUAGAUAAUAAAUGCUUGGUGUUAAAAUAUUGCAUAAUAUGUUCUAUUGAUGUAAGAUGAUACAGCCGCAACAGGUAGGGAGUCGGCCAUUAUAUCAAAAUCAAAGCAACAAUGCAACUGGAGUACACCAGAAUCAACACCAAGGAACGGUAUACCCUGGCCCAGUCAGUGUCCAUAGGUCCCUGGUUCAUCAUGCAGAGGUUUCGCACGAAGAAAUGGAAGAAAAACUUGGUAAUGAAGAAAUGCAGUGGGCCCAACAAGGAGGGCACGCUAAUCAGAACUCGAUCCCCUGGAAACUUGGUCAUGGGAAUUAUUCGAACCCUGCAUGCUGGGUUGCUAUGUUCGACUACGAUGCAAGAGCUGAUGAUGAGCUUACAAUCAGGUCAGGGCAACCUAUUGAGGUGAUAUCUAAGGAUGUUGGAGUAUCAGGGGAUGAGGGGUGGUGGACGGGGAAGAUCGCAAACAAACUCGGUAUUUUCCCGAGUAAUUAUGUCCAGCCUAAACAUAACAUGACGUCCCAUCUUGCCCAACAAAGGAAUCGUGUUUAUCAUAAACUAAGUGACGAGGACUCCCCGCUUGAUCCUGCGGAUGUUGCGGCACACGAUGGCGUGGUGGAGCAGAAAAUAACGAUCACCGUUCCCGAAAUCGAUUUUUCAGAACUCGCUCUACAAGAAAUCAUUGGAGUCGGGGGGUUCGGAAAGGUUUACCAUGGUUUCUGGUCGGAUAGAGAAGUCGCGAUCAAAGCUGCUAAAGUCGACCCAGAUGAAGACGCAAGUAUCACGCUCGAAAACGUCAGAUCAGAAGCAAGACUUUUCUCAUUGCUAUCCCAUAAAAAUAUUCUCGCAUUAGUUGGGGUUUGUUUGCAGCAACCAAAUUUGUGUAUUGUGUUGGAAUACGCUCAAGGUGGGGCCUUGAACAGGUGUCUGGUGGGUAGGAAGCUUCCACCUCAUGUGUUAGUGGAUUGGGCUUUACAAAUAGCUGAAGGAAUGCAAUAUCUCCACUAUGAUGCACCUGUACCACUUAUUCAUAGAGAUCUUAAAUCAAGUAAUGUUCUUAUAAAAGAACCAAUUGGUGAUGCUGAGGACAUCUUGAACAAAACUAUGAAGAUAUCAGACUUUGGUCUCGCACGAGAGAUGUAUAAGACGACCAAGAUGAGUGCUGCUGGUACUUACGCAUGGAUGGCUCCGGAAGUCAUCAAGUCUUCUACUUAUUCCAAGUCAAGUGAUGUUUGGAGUUAUGGUAUCUUGUUAUGGGAGUUGUUGACUGGUGAGCAACCAUACAGAGGAAUAGAUGGACUUGCUGUUGCAUAUGGGGUUGCAGUGAAUAAACUAACACUUCCUAUACCUUCUACUUGUCCCAAGGAAUUUAAAGAUUUGUUAGAACGAUGUUGGUCGUCCAACUCACAGAUGCGACCUUCGUUUAAAAUGAUCCUCACCGAUCUACAAACCAUAGCCGAGUCCAACUUUACCUCGGUUCCUGAUGAUUCAUUCCAAAGCAUGCAAGAUGACUGGAGGAUGGAGAUCCAAGCAAUGUUUGAUGAUUUAAGGGCAAAAGAAAAGGAGUUGUGUAGCAGGGAAGAAGCAUUAACGCGUGCCACACUGCAGCAUAAACUGCAUGAGGAAUAUUUAAAAGAAAGGGAGCGAGAAUUACACGAGCGGGAACUUAUCGUGGUUGAACGUGAACUGAAUAUCUAUCUUUCCAAGAAACCGGGGGAUUCCCCAGUACAGGGAAAGCCGAACCCCGCUAAACGGAAGGGAAAAUUUAAACGAAGCAGAGUUGCCAAGCAUGGUGGGAUAAGCGAACCUACGCACUUCCAGCACAAAUUAUCAGUGAAAGCCUCCAUGGUGAAUGAAACGCACACGAGUGCUCUACAAAGCAUGAUUGAACACGACUCAGCUAACCCAUUCAUCCCUCCAAGUCCUGCACCAGCUAUUCCACAACUACAAACUAUACAUAAUCCUUACAACCAGAACAUCCUGAAAGCACAGAUAAACAAGAAUCUGAUGAAAUAAAAAGGCCAACGGAUUUAUCUGUUAAUAACACAGGGGAAAGCACCAACAAAGGAAGCUGCGAUAGUGAUGAAUAUGCAACACCCAGACCCACACCACAGAGUAGCAGGGAAAAUAGUUUGAAGCGAGUCCAACGUAGCAUGAACCGCGCGUUGCUUGAAGCCGCUGUGAUUCUCACCGCUGUCGCUCUCGGUCGUGAUGUUCGUUCGUCCGCGCAACUCGUGUCCCAUCUUCCCCUGCCUCCCGUCUCCGAUGACUCCGGGAGCACGGGAUCAGGGGAUGUGAGGAUAAGAGCUACCUCCUCAUCCAGCAGGGAUGGCUCGCCUAAAGUACAAUCCUCCCAUAAGGUGAGAAGCAGCAUUGAUCCCACGAACCGGAUGUCAGGAGCUUCGAUCGAAAGCGAUCCGUCGACGUCAGCGACUCUCCUCUCUGUCUCCUCCAUGGACUCCAUCGUUGCCGCCGACAACGCAACAUCUGCUGUUGCCGUGUAUAGAAAGACGGGAGAUCUCGUUCCUGCUCCUCCUGCAUCAAAUCCUUUCUUUUCCCUUGAAACCCUCCCGACCAAAAUGGACCAAUCAGCAUCCACCAACCAGGGUUUCCAUGGCGACGAUGGAAAUGUUUACGGACGAGUAAAUUACGGGGCGCAGAUAUCGCUUGAGUCAAACCCAGCUGCCAUACCUUCCCCCUCCUCUGAAUCAUCCUCUUCUACGAACCCCCCUACCGUCACCCAUCGUGCCCCGACUCACCCACCCCAGUUACCAAAGAAGCGAUCCUCAUGGGGGCCAAUGGAGGUUACGGAGCAAGGGGGCCAAACAAGCGGGGUAAAUCGGAACAGGGGUCAUAAGCGCACCCCCUCCGAUGGCAGGUUACCGAUGCCUUCAUUGGAUAACGCGGUGAUGGUUCUGCAACAUCAUAAAACACCUGCAGAGAAAGCAAUUGAAGCGGGCAAGAACCCCGAAUUAUGUCGUCUCCCCGCUCCCAAUGUUCCAACCAACCGUCGUAAAAGUGACCAAGGAAUCGACACCGCUGGUGUGGAACGACCGAGCACACUCGCUAUUCUACCACGUCCAAGACCACUAGGUGGCCGAGGAGUCGACCUGCGUUCGUUCUCAUCUCCCUCUAGUGGUUCGGACUCACCUAGUGGGACGAGAAGGUUCACAGACAUCGGGCCGGACUCUGCUCCCAACCCCAACUAAUUUCACAGCCAUCACAAUACAGCCCACUGUGAAGUCAUCAUCCUCACCUGCUCUUAUGGGAACCGUCGGUUACGUUGGUCGUUAUAACCAAAACUACCCAACCUACACCCCACCCACUAAUGGUCAUUACCAGACCCCGAUUUCGAGUCUAGCUUUACCCCAGAAUAACCCCCUCCAACCCUCUCCUAACCCCUUAAAUGAACCCCCAGGGUCUCCGGGAUUAUUUGACGUUAAAUUCCCUCCAAAACCUCCCACACACCAUGAACCCCAGGAGGCGCCUCCCUUACCCAAGAAAACAGUUCGUUUCACCCCUUCGCUGCUUUCCCAACGCAGUUUAUUAGACGAGAACAUGGGUGAGGAGCAAGAUAUACACCACCCCCUGGUUCAAUACACUCCUAAAACUGAAACACCCCCUGUUAGAGCCACGGACCAAACAACAGGCACCAAAAUAUUCGAUUACAACGAAUUAGAACGUGAAUUCCUGCAAUGACAAAGUGUUGACCAAUGUUUCAUACAAAGCCAUGGGGAAUAGGGAAUUACUUUAAUGCAAGGUUCAAAACUUUGCAUCUUGCAACACUGUAAUCUACUUAUCUGCCGAAAGUUUAUUUUUCUCUUGUUUUAAUAAUUAGUACAUUUCUACCACAACAGUACAAUUACAAUUCAACUUUAAGAAAAUAUAACAUUUCUAUUUCCUGUUUUAUAUAAAAUAGGAUAUCUAUGUUGGUCACGCAGUUGGCUGCUUCUUUAUGUGCAAUGUCAUAGAAAUCUGAUAAUAUUUCCGGCAAUUUUAUGUCAAAUUUUGUUCGUUCUAUGGUGCAAAUUAUUCUGUCAUAAUACUUCAAGUGAAUGUAUUUGUGUCGUGAUCACGUGAUUUUAUGACGGAACAAAAGUGUUUGUGACGUUUCACAUUCAAUUGCUCAAAUUUUCAAUUAUAUAUGAUGUUUAUGUUAGCAAUUUUUAAACGCUUUUGAUUGGCCCAUUCAAGCUGCUAGAGAUAUAAUACUCCUUUCUGAUUGGCUCAUACUUACUCGAGUAUUCCAUUUAUUUUUUCACCAAACAUAGAAUGGUUAUAAAACAUAUUUGCGAUGUUUGCGAAAUAAAAUUUACUGUUAAUUAUAAAA